ACCCGUGUGAUCUUGUUGAACUGGUGCGCCUGGUUCCUGCGGAUGCGGCGUCCCGGCGAGGCGAAGGUGCGCCUGGCGUGUCACAACGCGUCCAAGCGUCGGCGCGGCAGCCUGUCCAGCCUGGAGCUCAGCGUCAGUCAGGGCUCUCUGCGCCAUCACCCGCAGGUGACCAACGGAAACCUCCUGUACGUCGGCUUCCGGGGCGUGGACGGGCUGCACUACGCCUCGCCGUCCGAGCCCGAGCUCCUCUGCUCCCGGCUGGUGGCGGGGGGCGUGGCCGGGGAGGAUCCCGGAGGACGGGGAGGAGCGGCGGGUGGCGCCGCCCUGGAGGCGGAGCUAAACCAGAUCCUGGAGGAGGUGAGGUACAUCGCCAGGCGUUUCCGCGGACAGGACGAGGAGGAGACGGUGUGCAGCGAGUGGAAGUUUGCGGCGGCGGUGAUCGACCGGCUGUGUCUGGUGGCGUUCUCGCUCUUCACCAUCCUCUGCACCAUCGGCAUCCUCAUGUCGGCGCCAAACUUCGUGGAGGCCAUUUCUAAAGACUUCUUCAGCUGA